AUGUCUCGUCGUCCUAUAUCUAAUCCUCCAGUUCUAACACAAUCAGAUCCACAUCCAGGUGGUUUGAUCAGGGCCGUCAUUGAAACCGGUCGCACGAGAGGCAGCUCAGCUACUCCUCCACCUCCUCUAGAGGUAGUAUCCCCAUCGCCACAGAGACAGAUCCAGUUACUGCCCAUCAAAAUGAACAGUCGCAGCUUCAAUGGCAGUACAGGAGCAAGCAGUGACCAUAAAAGUCAACAGGUCAGCCCUGCUCAUAGUGCUCGCUCUGCUCGAUCAGGUGUUUCCGUUCGUUCUCAACCCCAAUCUCACAAGUCUAUGAACACACAAGGCUCUGGCCCGUACCAAAGUCAUGGACAACCUCAAAACUCUCCUCGCAUGUCAGUCAGCCCAAAUAAAUAUACUGGUCAGGCUCAAAUAAACCCUACGCAAGGUCCAUUCUCUGGUCAAAGGCAGACUUCACCUCAAGGCAAUAAUGCUGGUCCACAUCAAGGUCAAUCUCAAGGUCAUAGCUUUGGUCAAACGCAGAUUUUACGACAAUUCCAGAUAUCUGCAAUGCCUACACAGCAUAUCGCCGUGACUUUAGGAGAUCAAUCGCAAGAGCACAAUCAAUCCGAGCGACCUUACCAGUCACCCGACCAGACUUCUCAUCAAGCAGAGAAUACUAUUCACUCACAAGAACAGCGCAAGGGCCCAGGCCAUCAACGUCAAAUUUCUUCCUCGCGGAUGAACCCAAAUGUUCCUGAAUUCCAAUCGAGCUACCAGAGCGUCCAGCCACCCCAACAAGUACAGCCCAUGCAACUUCUGCAGCCAAUCCAGCCAAUCCAGCCAGUUAUCAUCGGUCCCCAGGUGCCACAGCCGGUCAUGGAAAUGGCGGCGAAGUCUGAAGAGAAGAACAAAAUGGUGCAGGAGCUCACCGCGAAGAUCAGAGGAAACGGGUACCUGAGCUCGACUACGCAACAAGAAUGGAUCCAAGAUAUCAACAACAUUGGUCGAAAAUAUGAUGAAGAUGUUGAGAUCUUAAAGCAAGAGGCCAGUAAGAAUUGGUAUGAACUACACAGCACACGAGCAUAUCUUUCCAAUACAACUGAGAACCUCCGUCAAGCAUACGGAGAGCGUGACCGUCUCGGAGUUGAGAGAGAUUCUCUUGAGCAGAAGAAUAGGGUCCUACUCAAGGCCAAAGAAAAGAAAAGUUCCGAAAAUCUGAAUGAAAUCCAGAAGAACUGGAAAGAGCUGAAUGAGGCUUUGUUGAAGCAGCUCAGAGAGAGGGAGGCAGAGAUUGAGCGAGUUCGUACACAGCUGGAUAGAGCACAGUUGGAGAUUGAAAGCUACCAGGAGAAAGAUGCGAAAUUCGUUGACGCGGCGCAAGUACAGUGGAUGGCCGCUCAUCCUACAUCGACGGUUCGCAGCCGCAAAAGCAGCAGAGCAAUUCCCGAUCCAUUCACAUCUCCCUCAGUUUCCUCUUCUUCCACAUACCCCGUCUCUGGUCCGGGUAGUUAUGGAUCUCCUACUGCUACUCCUGGUCAUUUUGGAAGCGGAUUUGGUACGUCGCCGUCGUUCGGUCAGUUUCAGCCAAACAAUACUUCAACGAAUUCAUCUGGCGACGACUUGUCCCGAAGCAUCCGCCGUCGACCAAAUCUGACUCUGCCAACACAAAAACCUACUAGAGGUAGAACCGACGUCCCAAACUCACCAUGGGAGACCGAGUCUUCCCGAGCGUUCAAUACCGAACCCGGCGACACACCAAUUGCUGCUUCGAAAUCCACUGCUCUUAUCUUGUCUAGCACCAAUCCCGAGGAUCCAUCGCUCUUUUUUCAGGAGCAGUUCGCCGAUCUAUACAAGUUAGUAGAGGGCUGGGCAAUGGCCUACAGCAACAUCCCUCAUCUUGCCAAUGAUCAAGCAAUCGCUAGAAGCAACCAAACUCUUUGGUCUUUCAUGAUGAAUUGCACAUACCCAGGACAACGACAGGAUUCUCACUCCCAUGUAAUGACCUUGCUCAACGAUCCUGGCUCACGUCCAUGGUUUGUUAUGAGAAUGGGAGUUGGAUACAUUGUCGACGAAAUGUUGUCGAUUGAGUCGUACAAGAACUUCAGUACACAAGUUAGUACCGAACUGUCAGCUGUCAAGGCGCAACUUCAACAGCGAGGUCUUUCUAAUGAUGCUCGUCAAGCUCUCAUUAAUCGACGUGCUAAAGCUGUUCAAUUCGCAGUUGACCACCCCAAGUGGGAGGAAUACCGCAACGACCAGCUUAACCGCCACAGUCAGCAGCUGCGAGAUAUCCUCGGUCCAAUGCUUAAUGAUGGUGCCAAUCGCUCCAAGGCAGGCGGUGAUCUUGGUGCUAUAGCUUUCAAGGUCUACUUCCCUGAGACUGCUAGCAAGUUCACUGCCUCCACUAUGAUUGCCAAGGACAAGAUGGACAAGAAUCCCAUGAGCUUACAGAUCGGCCACACUCGUCUCAAGCUCGUUAUUACACCUGUUAUAACCAUGCGUGAUGAUCGUGGUACUACGAUCAAGGCAAAAAAUCUGCACUAUGCUACGGUCCUCACGAUGGGUUAG